AUGCUAAUUGUAAAUGAGCUACGCUUGACGUUUGGAUCGUUCUUCUUGUUUGGAUUACUUAAUAACAUUUUGUAUGUGAUCAUCCUAUCUGCAGCAAUUGAUUUGGUUGGUUCCUCUAUGCCAAAGGCGAUCGUAUUACUCGCAGAUGUUACUCCUUCCCUUGCUGUGAAAUUGACGGCUCCGUUCUUUGUGCACUUCAUUCCAUAUUACGUGCGUCUAUGGCUCUUAGUGGUUAUGUCUGGUCUUGGGAUGUUGGUAAUCAGUUUGAGCUCUCAAACGAGCAUUGGCUUGAAAGUAUUUGGCAUAGCAUUAGCAUCACUAUCUUCAGGGCUCGGUGAGUUAACAUUCUUACAGUUAACUCAUUUCUACAAGAGGGAAUACUCAGUGGGUGGAUUUUCAAGUGGAACAGGUGGUGCGGGUUUAUUUGGAAGCUUCUUGUUCAUGCUAUUCACUAAUGUGUUUGGACUUAACGUUCGAGGUGUUCUUUUGAUGUCUUCUGUCUUGCCAUUAGGUUUUUUGGCAACUUUCUACAUACUUUUACCCCUGCCAGGUAUUACAGAAGAAGUAAUCGAAUAUGAAAGCUUGCAGAGUGAAGAAAUACAGCAAAGUUCAAUAGUACUGGACAAUCCAAAGCUUAGUAUGGCAUUUAUAAAACAGCACAUUCGCAAUACUGUAACAAAUAUUCGACCACUUAUUAAACCAUACAUGCUUCCAUUAUGCUCUGUCUACAUAUGUGAGUAUGUCAUUAAUCAAGGGGUUUCUCCAACGCUAUUAUUUGACCUCAAGGGCCUUCCUCGCUGGUUAUUUUCUUCCUAUAGAGACAUAUAUGUGGUGUACGGUUUCUUGUAUCAGCUUGGAGUCUUCAUUUCCCGAUCUUCGAUCAAUUUUGGUAUCAGAUUAAGAAAUUUGUAUUGGCUCUCGAUCUUACAAUUCAUUAAUUUAGUCUUAACGUUGUGUCAGUCUAUCUACGAUUUGCCUUUUCCAAAUAUUUGGUUAUUAAUGAUCUUAAUUUUCUAUGAGGGCCUAUUGGGCGGGUUUCUGUAUAUCAACACGUUUAUCUCGGUUAGUGAAGAUGUACCCAUAUCAAAGCGUGAAUUUAGUAUGGGCUGCGUUAGUAUUAGCGACAGUUUGGGGGUUGUUUUGGCAGGCUGCUUUAACUUUUGGCUAGAGAUUCGUCUCUGUCAACUUCAAGUUCGGAGAGGGCGUGAUUGGUGUCGAAAUGGUGGCGGUUUGACAUAG